GAACACUCGGUAUAUCUUUCAAAAUACAUUGACAUUCCGAAAUUAUUCGUCAAAAUGAAUUAAAUUAUAGCCUUAAAAUAUGUUAUUACAUAUUACUUUUCAACUAAAUUACCGGCUUUUCGAUUUUUAAAUAUGUUUAAAGAGCCUUCCUUUUUCGAAUUUGCGACCCGAAAUUCAGAAAUAACCAGUAAAUUCAGAAGAAAAUGGAAAUGAAAGCGUUAGGACAACCAACGCACGCUACCCACCCUCACAUAAUCAACAAGGGCGAAAUUACCUCGUUGACAACGAGAUCCGAAUAUAAACACAGGAGAUUCGUUCUAAUCGAUCAAAUUAAGAGUCAUGCGAAAAAAAUGCAUAUGGCUUCCAACAACCAUUUGAUCGUAGUUCCAGCUUCUUCGACGCAAUACAUGUCCGGUAAAAUCCCCUACAAUUUUCGCCAAAACACCGAUUUCCUCUAUUUGACCGGUUGCUUGGAACCGGAUUGUUGUUUCGUGACAACGAUAAUCAACGAGGAAUUCAGCACGACUCUGUUCACCAGGGAAACGGAUAAAAACGCCGAGAAAUGGGACGGUCCCAGAACGAAUCACCGGGACGCCGCGGAUUUCUUCGGCGUCAAUCAAAGUUUACCGAUAAACGUAUUGAACGAUUUUAUACGGGGGUUCGUCAAAUACGUGGCUAAUUUGAUCGUGUGGUACAAUUUCGUGAAUCCCAUUCAAAUGCACGUGCAUUCCAUCAUGGAGAAUUUCAUGUCGGAUUUCGGGACGACUUUGACUUGCGAAAAUCCCACCAUUUUCAUCCAGCAAAUGAGAUUGAUAAAGAGUCCCAGCGAAGUCGCCUUGAUGAGGAAAACCUGCAGGAUCGCUAGCGAUGCUUUUAUCGAAACAAUCAAGUGCUCGUCGCCCGGUAUCAUAGAAAGUCAAUUGAACGCAAAAUUCGAUUUCGAGUGCAAAAUCAGGGGCGCCGAAAACAUGGCCUAUCCUCCUAUAAUAGCCGGAGGGAAAAGGGCUUGUAUCAUCCACUACAGUAAUAACAAUCAAGUAUUGUCCAAGGAUGAUGUAGUUUUAAUGGACGGAGGUUGCGAAUAUCACGGUUAUUGCAGCGAUAUAACGAGAACGUGGCCGGUAGGGGGCGCUUUCUCGCCGGAACAGAAGAGCAUCUAUAAGAUCGUGUACGAAGCCAACUGCGAAUUGAUCGAUAUGUGCAAAUCGUUUCCGAGUCUGGACGCCCUCUACGAGAGAAUGUUGAUCACCGUGGGAGUGAAAUUGCAACAUUUGGGUUUGUUGUCCAGAUACGAGACGAUCAAGAGCGUCAUGAAGGUGGCUCAACAAUUGUGUCCGCAUCAUUGCUGCCAUUUCCUAGGAAUGGACGUUCACGAUACGCCCAUGAUAAAAAGGAGCAUAAAAAUGCGGCCCGGGAUGAUUAUAACCGUGGAACCCGGUAUUUACAUCAACGAGGAAAACACGCUGUUUCCGAAAAAUUACCGGGGCAUCGGGGUGCGCAUCGAAGAUGAUGUUUUAAUAACCGAAACAGGUCCAGUGGUUUUGAGCGAUUUUUGUCCCAAAGAUAUCGAACAAAUCGAAAAGUUGGCCAGCGAAUUUUCCAAAUUGCCAUCGGGAUAUAUUUGACAAUGCACCACUGACUAGAUGGAACAAUCAAUCGACCCCAUUGAAUUUUAUUCGGAAUUCCAUAAUUAUUAAUUUUAAUUUACAAAAUAUUAUGUACAUAAUAUGUAAUAAUGAACGAAAGAAACGAAUUAAAUAAGAGGCUAUUAUUAAUCGA